GAUUUGCGUCUGGGGUCACCGUUUAAUUCUCUCCGUGCUCACGCCGUUAAAAUCCUGGCGUCGCCGUUGCUUGCUUCACGUGUGCUUCAUCUCCAAUCCAGAAACCCUAGCCGCCGUAGCUUGCGCGUCUUGCUCUGUCUUCCCCAAUCCAGAAACGAGGAACCUAGCCGCCAUCUCUCCUCCUCUCCCGAGAGAUCUCCUCUGCCGAUGGAUGUUCGUCCGAGCCAAUUGGUUUGUGAUGCUGUAGAAGCGGCGCGUGCUGCUGCCGUCGCUGCUUCGGAGGCGAGAUGCGCGGCAGUUAUUGCAGAGAAGGAGGCCAAGGCUGCGGUGGAGUUCGCCGCCGUUGCCGUCAACAAGGUCGAAGCAGUAAAGGUCUCCUCAAAUCUGGAAAAUGUCGAUUUCAAGUAUCAUGUGAACAUUAAGAAUUCGUUGCGAUAUUCCAUUCAAGAAAUGAGGAGGCAAUGUACAAUGUUGCAGUCUGUUAAAAAACUAUGUUCCACAAUCCCAGAAGUUGAAGGUGGCAAGGUAGGAAAGGUUUGCGGCCAUCUGGAACAUGUUUGCAAGAUGCUAGAGAAUACUUCAAUUGUCUGUGAACAAGAUUUGGAAACAAAGAAUCCUACUUGGGACCUUUAUGACAACCCAUCCGUAGAUGAUGAACAUCCUUUAGAUGAUGAUGAAAUUGGUGAUGGCUACAGUACAGAAGAUCCUGAGCUAUGGGAAAUGGUUUUCGAUGACCUGAAGUGGGAAGAGAAUAAAGCUAAUGUUUCAUUUGAAGAGCACUAUCGUGUCAUAAACUACAGGUUCGAAGAGAUCAAUGAUCGUAACAUGUAGUUGUGAGCUCGUGUUUGGUUUGGAUGAAGGUAUUUUGUAUGUAAUGCUCCAAAUGUACUAUGUAGAACCGUUGUUGUCAUGAAACAGUAGUGGAGCAGUAGGCAUUUGUUGGAUGAAGGUAUUAUGUAUGCUACUAUGUCUGUUUUAUGAAGCAGUUCCCAUUUAUGUGUGGUGAAUUCAGUUUUAUUUUGG